CACCAUCGACUUUUCAUGAGAGAUGUUCAAGGGAUCUGGGGGAAAAAGCAGGAACGGGGUACUGAUUUUGGAUGUACACAAAAUUGCUGGAGAAACUCAGCGGGUGCAGCUGCAUCUAUGGAGCGAAGGAAAUAGGCAACGUUUCGGGCCGAAACCCUUCUGAUUUUGGACGAUCAGAUUGAAUGGCGGUGCUGGUUCGAGGGGCCGAAUGGCCUACUCCAGCACCUAUUUUCUAUGUUUCUAUGAGUCUACUCCGUCAUUCAAUCAUGGCCGAUAUACCUUUCCUUCUCAACCCCAUCUUCUCAUUUCACCCCCAUAACACCCUUACUAAUCAAGAAUAGUAUCUAUCUUUGCCUUAAAAAUGUCUACUGACUUGGCCUCCACAGCCUUCUGUGGCAAUGAAUUCCACAGAUCCAUCACCCUCUGACGAGAGAAAUUCCUCCUCAUCUUCUUUCCAAAGAUGUUGCCUGACCCGAUGAGUUCUGCCAGCACUUUGUGUUUUGCUCAAGAUUCCAACCUCUGAAGUUCCAUUUGACCCAACAGCAGUGUUGCUGACUCUUAAUCCUCAUAAACCAUCCAACUGACAGUUACAUUUGAUGACAAUUAGAGAUGGUCUUGCUUGACCGAGCAAUGAAAUUGCUUGCCUACAUGAGCCUGUGAAUGAAAAAUUGAAAGUUUAUUUUCAAUUACAAUUGCCGUUGUGAAUUUUCUAAACCAUCUUUGUCAAUGUAUUCUCAGGUUAUUUAUUGACUGAAUGAACAUUGUUUUUGGAGUGGACACCAUGAUAAAGAGGGGGCCAAUUGGCAUGAUGUGCUCUCGUGUUUAUUGCUUCCAAGUCGCAAGAACUAGUAGUCUCCGAGUGCGCCUUUACUGUUCCCAUGCUUCGCAGAAAACUGUCAGCAAGACUCUGAAUGCAAGCAAAGAUGCUGUACAUCUGAGAUGGGUCGAGCUGGGAAAGAAUUUAAGCAAAAAGACUAUCGAUCGCAUUCGAGCCACAGCAAACACCCUGUGGGAAAACUAUGAAGAGUUUGUUGGAUUGAAAGAAGUUCAAGAGGCACAGCUGAAUGUCAAUGAGGCCGAGAAAGCGUUCAUGGUUGCUCGUGGUGUUGUUCGACAAAGCCAGGAAACCGUUGAAGCCCAGCAUUUGAAACUGAAGGAGGUUCGGGAUAAAUUGGACAGAGUCUCUCGGGAGGACAGUCACUAUCUAGAGUUGGCUACUCAGGAACAUAAACUGCUUCAAGAUGAGAGACGCCAUCGAACAGCAUACGAAGCUGCAGAGGAGCUAGAGCGUGAGACCUUUGCUCUCUUCUCAGCGGCUGUGAGGGAAAGCCACGAGAAAGAGCGGACCAGAGCAGAGAGAACAAAAAACUGGUCUCUGGUGGGGUCCGUGUUGGGAGCUGUAAUCGGAGUUCUGGGAUCGACUUACAUCAACAGAGUUCGGCUGCAAGAGCUGAAGGCAUUGCUUCUUGAGGCUCAGAAAGGGCCUAUUAACUUGCAGGAAGCCCUUAAAGAGCAGGCCUCCAUGCACCAAAUCCAAAAUAAGGAGCUCAAUGUACUUGUAACCAAAAUGAAGGAACUGGUGCUCCAGGAACGUGCAGUGCAGCAAACAGGGAAGGCAGCCACCACUAAAAUGGGAACAUCUGAAUUUACUUUGAAACCGGAUCCUUUCUUGAUUACUGUGAAAGAACAAGCAACUUCACUGAAACAGACCAAUGCAACAUUAGUAGGGCUGGAACAGAAAUUAAAAAGUCUACAGACAUCUCUUGGGCAAGUGGCUUCUGACAUCAAGACAGUGAAAUUAGUCACACAGGCCAAGCCUUCGCAAGCGGCGUCUUCGAGGAUGAUGCAAGAUUGGCAGACUCUAGCAACGGAGGAUGUGAUUGUUGGGUUAGCAGAGACGGAGAAGAGACUGGAAUCCCAUAUCAGAACAAACACUCUGUACAACACAGUGCUGACAUCUGCUGCAGUUGCCAUCAUGCUGCCAGUAUUGUAUGUGCUCUUCAGGGGGAAUUAAAAAUAUGCUGCACCAUAGAUGCUUAAUGUUUUGUAAUGUUUACCAAGAUUGGAUGCCAGUUUUGAGCAACUGGUGCCAUUACUCCUGGCAGCUGAAGUGCACUUUUCUGUUUCAAAUGUGAAGGAGUUUGUGCUGAACCGAUAUUGAAAUACUUAUCUUGCUUACAAAUUUAAAACUUGUGUCUACAUAGUGUCUCAUAUUCUCAGGACAUCCUUAAGCAAUUUAACACCAGUCAGUUACUCCAGAAGUAUAAUGCUGUUUUAAUGUAGAGCAUUCGGUAUUAAUAGUCUGAGUGUUGAUUGUAAACCAUGUUACUAUCUGAAUAAAAGGACAAUUGAAUGCAUUGCGUGCAGUUCCAAACCCUCAGGACCUGCACCUCUGGCGAUGUGCAAUAUAUCAUGUUCAUUCUUUCCCUUCUUAAACCCUCAGAGCUUGUCUCUAGCCAUGAUUGUUAUCUGUUUCAUUUUCCGUUAAACGGCACGCUGAUGCUGUUAAAGCGGCUUCUAGUGUGUGUUCUUGCAUUGCGUACCAUGAAUAUUCACAAGCAACAACAAUAUUUAUUGGCGAUGAACGAGUAUUGAAAUAUUUAAUAAACAGGCAAUACAAACACAACCACAGCUAUUAGGAGCCUAGCUCAACAUGCCACAAUCUUCUGUAUAUAAUCUAGUGCUUGUACAAACUAUACCUGAUAACUGCUGGUAUUUCAAUAAUAGUCAGCUACCAUUGCAGAAAUGGUGCGUCUCUCCCUGCACCUGACUUUAACAGAUGCAUUUUAUUUCCAUCCAAUCUUUUGAUCAUUUUUCAAGAGACAAGAUAGAUGAUGCACUGUGUUGCAGCAGUUAAUGUUGUUACUUUGCAUCUCCCUUGACCGAAAUUCAAUUCUGACCGCAGAUACUAACAGUGGAGUUUGCAAGUUCUCUCUGCGAUUGCAAGUGUUUCCCCUUGCCUUUCAUGUUUCAUGGGUUAAUUUGCUAAUGUACAUGAUUCUCAAUGAAGGUAAAAGAAUCGGGGACAAAUAGGACAUGAGAAAAAAUGAAUUAAAAAAACCAUGGGGAGGAAGGAAACUGAUGGGAUGGCUGAGAACUGGCAUUGACUCAGUGGAUUGACUGACCACCAUGUUAAGAAAUAUCAGAUGACCUAUUUUCCACUGCUGCUCUAAUUAUAAUUGGCCAUAAAAUGGUCACUCGUUUAAAAUUGUAGAUGGCAGUGAUGAGAUAAUGUGCAUCACUAUUCCGAAAGGUUUGACACUUCGAAUUUUAAGCAGAUUUGGCAAGCUAUCCUGAUUUGUGAAUUGCCAUUAAGAAGCUUGGGUUCAAAUCUGUACAAUUGUAGUUAAUUUAGAUUAUAGCAAAGUGAUCUCAGAGGGUUUAAGACAUAGAAACAUAGAAAUUAGGUGCAGGAGUAGGCCAUUCGGCCCUUCGAGCCUGCACCGCCAUUCAAUAUGAUCAUGGCUGAUCAUCCAGCUCAGUAUCCCGUACCUGCCUUCUCUCCAUACCCCCUGAUCCCCUUGGCCACAAGGGCCACAUCUAACUCCCUCUUAAAUAUAGCCAAUGAACUGGCCUCAACUACCCUCUGUGGUAGAGAGUUCCAGAGAUUCACCACUCUCUGUGUGAAAAAAGUUCUCCUCAUCUCGGUUUUAAAGGAUUUCCCCCUUAUCCUUAAGCUGUGACCCCUUGUCCUGGACUUCCCCAACAUCGGGAACAAUCAAGACGAUGACAAGGGAAGAGAAUUAGGCCAUUUGGCCCAUCGAGUGGCCCAUUCUGAUCUAUCUUUCCCUCUCAACCCCAUUCUCCUGCCUUCUUCCCGUAACUUUUAUUGCCCUUACUAAUCAAGAACCUAUCACUCUUUUUAAAAAUACCCAAUGACUUGGCUUCCACCGCCGUCUGUGGCAAUGAGUUCCACAGAUUCACCACCCUCAGACCGUGUCCUCUGGUUCUAGAUUCUUCCACCACAGGAAGCAUCCUCUCCUCUUCCAUUCUGUCUAUAUUCUUUAUACCUGUGUGGUGUGGUGCAGUCCCCAUCUGUUAUACUGAUAGUUCACUAACAGGAUUUGUGAUCUGAAUUCAUGAAUGUGCUGAGCAAAUUUUGCUAGGAAUUAUUUUUGAGUAAAUAAAUCUAAUGAUAGAAAUGGAUUAUCCUCAAAGGAGUUUGGUUUUGAAUGAGGUCAAUGAUCAUCAACUUCAUCAACAUCAUCAUAAUUGUGUGGUAUUUUUAGAAAUUUAACUUUGGUUGUGUAAUAAAAUAGGUUUUAUCUGUAACAUUCAUAACUGAUGUCCAAUUAAAUAGUUGUGAUUUUAUUUUAAUUAAACCAUGAGUGUCAAGUAAAAUGAUAAUUUGACAUAAUUUGUUUCCAGAUUGUCUGUGGGUGGCACGGUGGCACAGCGGUAGAGUUGCUGCCUCACAGCACCAGGAACCAGGGUUCAAUCCUGAUUAUGGGUGCUUUUGUUACAGAGUUUGUACGUUCUCCACCUGACCCGCAUGGGUUUUCUCCAGGAUCUAUGGUUUCCUCCCACACUCCAAAGACGUACAGGUUUGUAGGCUAAUUGGCUUGGUAAAUUUGUUAAUUGUCCCUAAUGAGUGUAGGAUGUGGGGAUCACUGGUCGGCGCAAACUCGGUGGGCCAAAGAGCCCGAUUCCACGCUGUAUCUCUAAACUAAGCUAAACUAAAGACAAAAUCAAAUAAAUAUUUUCAUUAAUGAGCCAGUGUUUCAAAUUGUCCUGUGACUCAGCCUAGACUCCAAAUGCUGACCAGUCCUUAGAGUUCACCUGUUCCCUGAUGCACAGCAAUAGCCGAAGACUAUGGACAUGUGUUGAGAAUGAACAAAAUUCUGUAUCACAGCUGACCACGCUGAUAGUCGACUUGGCCUUUUCAUUCUGUAUGAAGCGUUACCUCCUGUCAGUCUGAAACCUUUUUUUAAAAGAUUCCAUUGGCAAUUUAUUUUGUAGUUGUGGCGUGGACCUG